AUGAUAACCCAGACCUUCCCUAUCAUGGCGAUUCUGGCCAUGCUUGCCUUCCUAGGCAUGGCAGUUGCAGCACCCUACAGUGACAUUGGCCUCGAGAUCGCCCUCCCUGACAUGAAGACGGUUUACCCCAUUCCCCUGGAGGUCGUAAUCAAACGGGAUGAGAAGAUUGAUAGCAAGUUCGAGGCCGAGGUCUUUAACCACAACGAUGAGACGGUCAAGGUUUUGAAGUUUGGCAGCUUCCUUCAUGAUGAUGAUGUUGCUCUCAAGGUCGCUGAUGUCUUCUACAAGGGCAACCCUGUUCGUUUCCUGGGUGUUACUCCUUUGUUGAACUUUGACAAACUUGACAAGCGCCAGUUCGUCACCAUCAAGACGGGCCAGUCGGUCAAGAUCAAGUUCAAUCUAGCCGAGCACUACGAUCUCUCACAGGGCGAGGAUUACACUGUCCUAAUGCAAGGUAGCCUGCCCAUCGCAGACCUGGGCUCGACCAACAUCAUCGGGUACAUUCCAUACAGCUCCAACUCGCUCAGGUUCACCGUGGAUCGACGUGUCGCUGAGCAGACCCGUAUGAAGUACCUCAACCGCAUGCCAAGAGUCCAGCGCCAGAAUUGCAAGGGAGAGAGAAUCGAGAAGCUCAGGGAGUCCCUCUCUCAGUGCUUCCAGCUCGCCGAUGAAGCCGAAGAGGAGGCCCGAUUCGGUGAUUCAUGGAGAUUGGAGGAGGCCUUUGGUGCCUCUGACGAGAAGACCCGCUCAAGGGUUGCCGAAGUAUUUGCUGAGGCGAAGGACAAGUGCAAGCAUGAUUUCCGCAAGGUUGACAAGAUCUGCCCCGAGUACUACUCCGAGUGCCUAUCCAGGAAGAAGAUCGUCACAGCCUACAUCCAGGAGCCCACGCGUCAAGUUGGGUACUGCGACAACUUCUUCACCCUCCCCGUGAUGCCUGAAAAGUGCCACGGUUACGACUCAUCCGAGGCCUGGGGCUGGCACCCUUCUCGUGCAGGCGCCGUGAUCCAUGAGAUGAUUCAGUUGAAUUUGAGGGACACGAUGGGGGUAAACGCCACGCUUGAUACCGAACAUGGCCUUGCCAAGAUUCUGGCCCUUAGCCCCGAACUCUCCGUGACGAAUGCCGACAACUACGAUCUGUUUGCUUCCCAUGUCAGCCUCAACUGUGAGGCUAUCAGCCCCGCCAGGCGAGGACUGGACCACCUCCGAACCAAGACGGAUAAGGUUUUGAGAAAGGAUCGUGAGGCUGGCCUGUGGGUUGAUUGA